AUGUUUCUAUUCAGCGGUCGUGGUUAUUGGCAAGAACUUAUUGAAUCAAUCGUUUGGGCUCAUAAUAAAUUAAAAGUUGCUCCUGCUACUCAGCCUAGAGCCUUGAGCAUUAUACAAGGACGUGUUGUAGGGAUAACCCAUUACCUUCUAGCGGAAUUGCCACAAUAUGGGCAUUCUUCUUAG